AUCCAAACAAGCCUAAAUCUAAACAAAAUUUAAGAGAGGAAGAGGGAGAUUGAGAGGGAGAAGACCGACGACGACCACGACGACGACGGAGGCGGCAGUUUUUUCCGUCCUGAAAUCUGACUCUAUCGGUUAAGGGAUUGAGGCAGCAGAAUAAGGGGGUAUAUUAUAAAGCCAUGGAAGAUACGUUGGGUUCAACUAGUUCUUCAACAGCAAUCAACUCUUCCAAUAUAGGAUUUCAGCUAUUGAAGAAGCAUGGUUGGAAAGAAGGCACCGGUCUUGGGGUCUCUGAGCAGGGUAGAUUAGAGCCUGUAGAAACAUAUGUGAAGAAUAAUAAGCGAGGUUUGGGAGCAGAUAAAGCGAAGAAAAAGGCUGUCAAACCUGUUCAUACUGAUGAUGGUUCUAGGGAAAAUAAUAAGCAGGAAACUAAGAAGAAAACCAAAGCACUUUCUAAACGGAUUAGAAAGAUGGAGGAGUUUGAGAAGAAGAUGCAAGAGAAGGAAUUUGAGCGUGCUUUCUUCAGGGAGUUCUGGCCAGAAAAUGUAUAAUUGAUAAUAAGGUGUAUCACACCAUUAUAUGUCAUCGUUACCUCCUGCAUUUACCAUCGAAUACUGUAGAUUAGUUCAGAGUUUGUGCAAAUUGGAUCUUCAAGCAUUUUCACAACAUACAGGAGUUCAGAAGCCUUUGCAAGACAAAAGGAGUUACAGCAUAUUUUAACUGUAAAUAAUAAACUUUUCUUUAAUUAUUUUUUGUAAAAUUGAUAAAAUAUGUAAAGGCUGAGGGUACUUAACGUUUUUUUUUUGGUCAAAGGGUACUUAACGUUAACCCACCUCUAAAGAGUAAAAAUGCUCCCAAUUGGAUUUUUUUCGAAUUAGUGUUUCACCCCAACACCCCUAGUCCCCUAUGGCCCUAUUCCUAUGUCCCUCUGAUAGGUAAAAUCUUGAAAGCAUUGGGUUCGUGCUACAGAAUGUUGCCAACAAAAAAAAGCAUUGGGUUCGUGCUACAGAAUGUUGCCAUCAAACACUUUU